AUGAGUGAGCCUACGAUCAAUUUUAGUAUUCAAACGCAACAUGCUCAGUUUUCAGUUCCAAAUGAGCUCAUCAAAAAGAACUUUAAGGCUAUUCAGAAGCUGGUAGAGAAGCAAAAGAAGCAGAUCGCCGACGAAAUAGCCAAGAUCAAGAAAGAUCCCACAAUGGAUAGUCAGCAAAAACUAGCUAUCAUAAGGAAACUCAUCAAGAACUUUGAGUCUCUGCAGAAGAAAAUAGAGCAAGCCAUCAAGAAAGAUGACGACUACCGGAAAAGGUUUCGGGCUCGAACGCAUCAUUUGGCUAAAUUGGAAAAGUUCGUUGUAUCUACUCCAAAAGAUAUGGGAGAUAAAGAAGAACAGGCCGAUGACAAAGUGUUGGAUUUACACAAUGAGGGUCUCAUUAAUUGGUACCGAGAAGUGACGAACCUUCUAAUUAUUGACUACUUGAUUAAAUCAAAUAAUCGGAAGGAGUCCAAUUUGGGCAUUAAACUCAUGAGAAGCCUUCAGGCUACUUCGUUUCCACAAAUCGCAGAAUUGAUAGAUUAUGAUGUUUAUGAGAACUUCAACCAGGUUUAUCUCUCUAUUAACGAUGACCAUGAUCUCGAUCUCAUUAGUGCAUGGUACAAUGAGAAUAGAAACUCGCUAAAGCGAAUCAACUCCAAUCUACAGUUCGAGAUUCACUACUGCAAGUAUCUCUCAAUGGUUGAGAAGGGGGAAGUGGCGGAGGCAAUCGAGUAUUGCAAGACAAAUCUUGCACCCUACGCUAACCGAAGCAAUUACAAUGUGGAUGAUCUAGUCAAUUACGAACAAAACAAGAAACGGUUGACUGAGGUUGGUGCUCCUUUGGUGUAUUUGGUUAAACUAACACCUGAAACCAAGUUCACCUCCGACUAUCCGUGGAAAUCUCUUCUCAAGCCCUCCGAAAAGGCACCAGUCACACCAAUGUAUCUGAGCCUUAUCAAGCUGUUUUCCGAUAGCCGGUGGAAGGGAUUAUCACAAUGCUUCACUGAAGACUUCACGAAGAUAUACGGACUCUCAAACACAUAUCCUUUACUCGUCUAUUUAUCUGCUGGUAUUUCGAGCUUAAAGACCAAGUCUUGCUAUUGCAAUCAACAGAAUACUAUCUUCAAGUCAGAUGCUGGCCGUGAUGUUUCUCUCAACUUGGAUUCGAACUCCUACCGUGAUUUAUCAUUAAGGGGUCCCAAUCAGUACUACAAAUUGUUACACAAGAUCAACCAAUGCCCUGUGUGCUCACCAGAAUUGUACCGGUUGAGUCAGAAUCUUCCCUACGCACAACUCAUCACCAGUAUUUUUGACAAUCCGUUCAAAUUACCCAACGGUAACAUCUAUCCAUUCGACAAGCUAUUAAAUCCUAUUGACAAAGCCGAAAGUGAAAAUGUCGUGAGAAAGGGUAAAGUGCAAGACCCGUUGACGCAAGAGAUCUUCUUCAUCGAUGACUGUGUUCGUGUUUUUCCUGCUUAA